ACCCUUUUUGAGGAUCCCUCUCUCCGCUUGCGCAGGCUCAGGAGGCCCAUCUCUCCUUACUAUUUGAGUCCCUGUUGUCUCAUUGGCGGCUUUCUGAGCAGCUGCAAAAUAUGUUUUUAACUUUAAGUGGAAGUUGGGGUCACCGGCCAGGCGGCUGGUGCGGUCACUCUCAGCAAGGGCUCUUCCAGCUCUGCCGUCUCUAGUUUUACCGACUCCGGUGAGUGUUAGAACUACCUCCUCCCCGCUUCCCACGGCUGGACUUCCAGCGCGGGCAGUAAUUACUGAGGCGUUUGCUCACCGGCUGGUGGAAUAAUGUACAUUGCUUUUGUGUGUGUUGUCCAUCUCGGGAACUGCUCCGUUGCCUAGCACCACAGCCUGCUCGUCUCUCCUCGCCGCUCAUCUGCUCGGGUCGCCUUGGGGCGACAGGGACCGAGACGGGGACAAGAGGUGCUCGAGCGAACUCAGGGGCCAGCGGCGACGCCGCCCGCCAGGGAGGACCAUGCUGCGCGGCAAGUCCCGGCUCAAUGUGGAGUGGCUGGGCUACUCGCCCGGCCUGCUCCUGGAGCACAGGCCGCCCCUGGCAGGGCGCACGCCGCGGAGCCCCCAUCGAAGUGAAAAUUCGCUAGCAUCUACCCUGAAGACACUCCUGUUCUUCACAGCUUUAAUGAUCACUGUUCCUAUUGGGUUAUACUUCACAACAAAAUCUUAUAUAUUUGAAGGUGCCCUUGGGAUGUCCAAUAGGGAUAGCUACUUUUACGCUGCUAUUGUUGCAGUGGUUGCAGUCCAUGUGGUGCUGGCCCUCUUUGUGUAUGUGGCCUGGAACGAAGGCUCAAGACAGUGGCGUGAAGGCAAACAGGAUUAAGUCAACAUCACUUUUUGAUAGCAUUAAAUUCGUUUUUUAUAUGGUAAAUGCUAUGGGGGCAUUGGUGAAUUUCAAUAAAAUUGACAGAACACAUGAAAAUCAAUCUUAAGGAGUCACAUUUGACUAUUAUAAAUUUUGAUCCUUCUAAUACAAUGGCUUGUGUAAUUUAAUGUAUGGUUCUCUUAUUUUCAAAUGAAAGUUUGGAAAAGUUAAAUUAAUUCCAAAUGAGUAUGUUAAAUUAGUUACACAUUGUUCCAGGAAAGAAUUUGAUUAUUUUACAAAGAAAACUUUUCAUAACAUUUUGCCUUAUAGUUUUUGAGUUUUACUGCUGGAUGUAUUAAGAUGUAUACAGCAAAGCAAACCUUACCUUCACCUUAGACUGGAACGCUUUGCCUAGCAAUUAUGGAAAUACCUGGUCUUUGGCUUUGGAAUUUUUAUUUCUGUAUGGAAAAUCGCUCAAACUGUGGACAAUGGAAUUAAUCUGGAUACCCUGAGGAAUUUUGGAUGAAGCAUCAACCCUAGUCAGUAGGACACUGUCGUUGUAUUAUCGUAUUGGGAAGGGGGCGGGAAUUAGACUAAAUCGCAGCCGUUCUUGUAAAAGAACUUGGGCUGCCUGAAGGGCCCAGAGAGCAGAGGGAAGAGCUUGCUGUGUUUUAGGCGGAGGCACGGAGCCUGCCUUCCAGAGGCAGGAAGCUGUGUGCUUGACAGCCAGUUUUUCCGUAGUCAGUUUGGCUCCUACAUUCAACAUUCAAGGUAGGCUUCAAUUGCAAGGCUUGUGGAAAUUCUAUUGAAGAGUGCUUUUUUUUGAUUUUUAAAAAUUAUAUUGUAUGAUAUGAUAGGAAUUUACAUUUAAAAGUGUUCAUUUUUGCAUAUAUUGGGAAUAUACACAAAUCUGAAGACAGAUUAUUUUUGUUACUCAAAAAGUAUUCUUGUGAUUUCCAAUCUACAGGUCGUUUUAAUCAGAACUAAGUUAUAUCUGUGUGUCUGUAUAUUUGAAAGUAUAACAUAUAUAUAUAUAAAUAUAUAUAAAGUCUAUGUCUAGCUACUAUAAAUAUAUAGUAGUUAGAUAAUCCUUGAGGUCCUUUCUGAUGGAAGAAAAACCAAAAACCCUAUGAUUUUAUUUUAGUAUCCUUAGUUUGUGUUCUUUCUCGCCAUUUGGUAUUAUUUGUGUACAAUCUAAAAAUAGUCCCCCAAAUGUGUAUUUUUUAUUAUAAACCAUAAUAGACGUUCUCUAUAGAAAACUGGAAAAAUUAAUAUUCAAACAGGUAAACAGGUUUUUUUUUUGAAACUGUUUGUUAAUGUUAAUUGGAUACAUGGUAAAAGUUUGUUUUCACUUAAAAUUCUGUCAACUUUAGCUGAUAGCGACUUGCAUUUUUUUCAGAUAAGUGACUAUUGGCCAUUUUCUUAAAAAGCACAGUCUACCUAUACUCUUUGAAAAUUUACAUUUCCUGUUACUGAAACAUGAACAGAAUGGCCCUUGCUUAAAUGUUUGCUAUUACCAGUUUGUUCACACUCAAUAUUUUUUAUGUUGCAGAGCUGGAGAAAGAUGAUUUAGUAUAAAAGUUAAGUGUGCGUUUUCAUUUAUUUAAUUGCUAAGAAAAACACUAGACUAGUAGGAAAAUUGUAGGGUUGUUUUGAAUUCUUGCUCCUGGUUAAAUAUUGUCUACAAUUUAAACGUCUGUAAGCUGUUAUUCUAAAUGUAAAGCUUGUUUUAUUUUGUGUGUGCAGAGGGUACAAUUUUAGGAAGAUGACAUUUGACUCUGGGGCAGUGUGUGGUAGAUUCCUAGGUGCCGCCGUCCUGAGAUGGUCUGCUGUGUUUAGAAUUAGCCACUUAAUUUCUUUUUUCUAUAAUGGGAAAAGUUUUUCUUGUACUUUUGAGAUUUUUUUAAAUUGACAAAUGGAAUAUAUUCUUUUUUAGUUGAAGAGUUACAGAGAGAGAGACAGAGACAAAGAGAGGGAGAGAUCUUCCAUCCAUUGGGUCACUCUCCAAAUGCCUGUAACAGCCAGGGCUGGGCCAGGAACUCCAUGUGGGUCUCUCACAUGGGCGGCAGGGGCCCCAACACUUCAGCCAUCAUCCUCUGCCUUCCCAGGUGCAUUAGCAGGGGGACCGGAUAGAAAGCAGAGCAGCUGGAACUGGAACCUGCACUCAGAUAGAGGAUGCUAGUGUUGCAAGUGGUACCUUACCCCUCUGCACCACAAUGCCAGACCCAUACUUUUAGAAUCUUAUGAUGUUUGUAAAAUAUUACUACCUGAUAUUGGAUUGUUUUGAUGGAUUUUAUAUACUUGCUGAAUAGAUAAUGAUAUGAACAUUUUUCAGCAAGUAUAUAGACUAGGCAUACAUGCAAAAGCGGUUGUAAUUUUUUCUUGGAAAAAGUACCAAGUGUUUGAAAGUUACAAUCAGAUGCCAUGAUUGAUAUUUAGACUUGUUUUCAAAACUUUUUUUUACCUAAGUUUUUAUCUGUUAACUCACUAGUUUGCUGCUGUUACUUAUGUUAAAUAACGUCUAGUAUUUGGAAAUAGAUUUAUUUUUCAAGCCAUGACACUGGUUUCUUCUUGCAUAAUGUAUAUACUUGAAGAUGUAUGGAAAGGGAAGUUACAUUUGAGCCCUUAUAAAUGUUAUAAGAUAGGAAUCUGUUCACUGUUGUUUGAAAUCUGACUGUAAAGAAUAACCUCAGUUAGGAAGUGUAAUUGGAAGUGACAGUCCGAGCUACUGAUUUAACCUGUUGACUGUAUCACAUCACCUUCCUCACUCCCAGUUUGCCCCCCAUGAUGUAAUUCUUUCCUUAGUGUGCCGGGAAAUGGAAAGUCUGCUGUAGAAUGCAUCUGAUGUCGGAAGCUCUUCAAAUGGAUACCAUUUUACCCAUCAGUCGAAUUUGAUUUGUUAGUGAAGAAAUUUAAAAUUGCCAUAAAUAAAAAUCUGCCUGUAUUUCAUGCAUAUGUAACUAAUAGAUAAUAAUAACUAGAA